AUGUCCGCCGAAAAGAAUCCACAAUUUCAACAUGCUGCCCAACCUCACGAACUUCAGGAGGAAGCGGACUUUAAAAACCCAGGUGUCAAGCGCAUCGCAGCUAUCUCGUCGCAACUUGGCGUUGUAGCUCGGGUGUUUUUGUUCUUCGGGAUCUUUCUGGUAGCCUAUGUCUAUGGUUUGGAUGGACAGCUGCGAGUGACUUAUCAGCCUUUGGCAACCAGUGCUUAUGCCAAACACAGUUUGCUUACUACGAUCAAUGUCUUACGUAGCGUCAUUGCAGCUGCCGCACAGCCAACAGCCGCGAAAAUCGCUGACGUCUUCGGGAGAGUUGAGUUGAUCUUGCUCUCGGUUUUCUUCUACACUAUCGGGACUAUCGUGGAGGCCUGCGCCGACAAUGUCCAGACUUUCUGCGCGGGUGCUGUUCUAUACCAGGUCGGAUAUACAACUAUUAUUCUCCUGGUCGAAGUUCUAGUAGGAGAUCUGACUUCCCUUCGAUCCCGUCUGCUCUUUUCCUAUAUCCCUGCGACCCCUUUCAUUAUCAAUACCUGGGUUAGUGGCAACGUCGCCGAUGCCGUGUUGGGGGUCACUAGCUGGCGCUGGGGCAUUGCAAUGUUCGCAAUCAUAUUUCCUGUUUGCUCCAUCCCUCUUUUUGCGACGCUCCUUUUUGGACACCACAAAGCCAAAAAAGCCAGUGCUGAGACAUAUAAGCAUCCUAUUCGGCUUCUCGGUGCAAAGAAAUUUGCUAAAGAAUUAUUUUGGUACCUGGAUGUGAUGGGCAUCCUGCUUUUGAUUGCUUUCUUGGCUCUGAUUCUUGUGCCAUUCACAAUUGCUGGUGCCGCGGCCGAGCAAUGGAAGACUGCGAAGAUUCUGGCGCCGCUGAUUAUAGGUCUAUUUUGUCUGCCUCUGUUUGUCAUUUGGGAGCGUUCUUAUGCUCGGUAUCCCAUGGUUCCCUUCAUGCUGCUCAAAGACCGCGCGGUUUGGGGCGCUCUCGGCAUAGCAACAAUGCUCCACUUAGCUUGGUCGUUGCAGGGCACAUACUUAUAUACCGUGUUGCAAGUCGCGUUUGACCAAAGUGUUCUCAGUGCAACACGUAUCUCGUCUCUAUACAGCUUUGCAUCUGUUAUAACUGGAUGCAUACUCGGGGCGAUUAUUAUCAAGGUAAAACAGCUCAAGCCUUUCAUAGUUGCCGGAACUGUUCUUUUCGCGGUGGCUUUCGGCAUUCUCAUACAGUUCCGUGGAGGAACAAGUAGCUCAAGCUACUCUGGUAUUAUCGGCGGAGAGAUACUUUUGGGUAUUGCUGGUGGCAUGUUCCCAUACCCAGCCCAAGCAAGUAUACAGGCUGCAACGAAACACGAGCAUCUUGCUGUGAUCACUGGUUUGUACCUGGCAAUGUACAACAUCGGAAGCGCAAUCGGAGGUACAAUUUCUGGCGCUAUAUGGAGACAGAGGAUGGGUAACGAGCUCACCAAGCAUCUUGGUAGUGCAAAUGAGACUCUCACCGAUCUGGCUUUUGGGAGCCCUUUUGACUUUAUCGUUUCGUAUCCUGCCGGGACACCUGAACGCGAAGCUGUAACUCUAGCAUACAGAGAGGUCCAGCGUCUCCUUUGCAUUACCGGUAUAUGCCUGACAGUGCCUCUUAUCGCCUUUUCUCUUUGCAUUCGCAACCCGAGAUUGACGAAAGAUCAAAGUCUUCCCGAUGCCGAACGGGAGGAAUAG